AUGGUCCUUUUUGCAGAUGCGGCGCCGGCGUUAGCAGGCACCACGAUCCUAUUGACGACCUUGGCAAUUUUGACAUUUGGCUUGCGCGUUUAUUGCAGAAUAAGUCGCAGGUCUUGGGGACUAGAAGAUUGGAUUAUGUCGGUUUCAUGGGUCAGUACUCCCGAGGAAGUCUGGAGUUGUUCGCCUAAUGUGCCAUUCUGCGUACUUGUGGCUGGGUGUCUGGGCGGAUCUUUCAAUGGAAUUGGGGCACGUGAUUCGACCCUUACAAAGCCUGGGAAUGAAAAAUACCAAAUCGAAGCACAAAAGGUGAUCGCGGCUUCUGCAACAGCUAUCGAUUAUGAUGAAUAG